AUGCUCUACUUUCUGUUUGACACCAUCUUUGUCGGGCUCUACCCGUCCAGCGUGAAGAGCCCCGUGGUCAUCCUGGGCCACCACCUCUGCACCUCCCUUUACAUGCUCAUCCCCCAUUUCUACCCUGCCUACCACUGGUGUAUGUCCUACUGCAUGCUCGUGGAGAUCAACACGUGGCUGCUCAUUGCGCGUCGCCGCAUUGGUGGCGCAGCCAUCACAUUUGCGUUUUAUGCCACAUGGGUCGGCCUGCGCAACAUUUGGUACCCUUACUUGAUUUGGGCCUUUGCAGUGGAAUUUGAGCACGAGUCCAAGCUCGCGGGGACCUACCUCAACCCGACAAUAAUUGCCAUGAUCUGUCAGGUCGCGCUGACCAUUCUUAAUUACUACUGGACCUUCCAGCUCGUCCACAAGCUGGUCAGGACGCAGGCAACAGGUCCAUGCACCAAGGGCGGCAGUGGCGGCGGCGAGAUGUCGAAGCCCGGCUCCAAGCCAAUGGCACAGAUUUAUGCAGAGCACUUGUGA